AUGCUGUUGCUCGGAUACGGACAUCACUCUCGUCUUCGGCCUUGCCGUCGACAUGCUGCUUAUUUCCGCUCGGACUCGAGCCUCAGGUGGUCGACCGUCAUCGAGCGGCGAGCUGUCGUCCCGUCAGCGCCCCUUGGCCGCGGGGGGCGAGCCGAGCUGGGACGAGACCUCGGGCUCGAGGGGCCAGCUUCAGCGGCCAAGGCUCCGUUCGCCUGCAAGGGGCCGGCGGGGCAGGUGGUCGGCCACGGCGCCACGGUGAUUCACCUCUGUCACGCUGGGCCCGCAGGCCGCAAUAGCUCAAAGGCCGGGGGGAAGCGUGGGAAGGUUGGGGGCAAGGUUGUGGAAAGUUGGAAAGUUGGGGAAAGGGUUUGGAAGAGUUUGGCCGCCAUGUGGCGCGGGUGGCUGGUGCGAGGGAGGAGAGCACUGACUCCGGCAACGAAACCGCGGCGUUCUGCAUCAGAUGAUGCUCUUCUGCUUAGCUUGCCACCGCUUGUGCCUGACAGACCAUCGCCUCGGAGACGGACAGCGUCGACACGCGCGAAAGGGUGCAGGCAAGGCACACCGCAGACAUUGCACGAGCCGUCGUCGUCGCACGCAGCGGCAACAGCAUCGUCGCCAUCGUCAUCAUCGUCGCCAUCGUCACCAUCGUCAUCAUCGCCAUCAUCGUCAUCAUCGUCAUCAUCAUCCUCGCCGGGCUAUAUCCUCAUCAGCGGCAUCGUCGUCGUGGCCGCCAUCAUCGUCACCGCCAUCGCCAUCAUCGUCACCAUCGUCACCAUCGUCACCAUCGUCACCAUCGUCACCAUCGUCACCAUCGUCACCAUCGUCACCACCGUCGCAGCGAUCGUCGUCACCCGGAAUGUCCCCCGCGGGAAACGAGGCGGCCGGAGGGUGGGAGGGAGGGAAUCUGGGGUUAGCCUCGAGCCGCUCCAACUGUCCGACGGAGCUGAUCAUGACCGUCUCGGGUUGGAACCAGCUGCGCGGGGAUUCAGAUGGGCGCGCCCCCGCCCCCCCGCCGACGUUCACGACGUCACGGCCACAAAGCUACGCAUGUUUCAGCUAGAAAUUCUGGCAGCAGGCUAG